UACACCAGUAGGAGUAUAUUUCCUUUGCAUGUCCUCUCCACUCCCCCCUAUCUUUCUCUCUCUAGAAUAUAGGCCUUUCUCUCUCUAGAUGGGCGUAGUGUGAGUGAUUGGGUAGAUAUAGCGCGCGCGCGCCCUCCAUGCUCGCCCAGCCGCUGCUCGAGCUCGCAGCUUGAUGAGGCCAGCGAUGGCCAGCAAUGGCGCCGCCGCCGGCGCCAUGGCCCCGUUCUUCCCGCCCAACUUCCUCCUCCAGAUGCAGCAGCCUCUCCCCCUCCACCACCAGCACCUCCAGGACCACGCCCAUGGCGGCCACGGCGGCCACCACCUCCUCCCUCCUCCUCCUCCCUCCCUCUCCCCCUUCCUCCCCGACCUCGCCAUGGACGCGCCGCCGCCGCCAAUGUACGAGGCGAGCGGCGGCGAUGGCGGCGGCGGAGGGGCGGCGUCGGAGGAUGAGGAGGAUGGGUGUGGAGGGGGAGGGGGUGGGGGUGGUGGGGAGAAGAAGAGGAGGUUGAGCGUGGAGCAGGUGAGGACGCUGGAGCGGAGCUUCGAGUCCGGGAACAAGCUGGAGCCGGAGCGGAAGGCGCAGCUGGCGCGCGCGCUGGGGCUGCAGCCGCGGCAGGUGGCCAUCUGGUUCCAGAACCGCCGCGCGAGGUGGAAGACGAAGCAGCUCGAGAAGGACUUCGACGCCCUCCGCCGCCAGCUCGACGCCGCCCGCGCCGAGAACGACGCCCUCCUCUCCCUCAACUCCAAGCUCCACGCCGAGAUCGUGGCGCUGAAGGGGGGAGCGGCGGCGGCGGGGGGAGGAGGGAGCAGCUGCAGGCAGGAGGCGGCGUCGGAGCUGAUCAACCUCAACGUCAAGGAGACGGAGGCGUCGUGCAGCAACCGCAGCGAGAACAGCUCCGAGAUCAACCUCGACAUCUCCAGGCCGGCGCCGCCGCCGCCGCCGCCGCCGGCCAACGAGAGCCCCGUCAACCGAGGCAUCCCGUUCUACGCCUCCAUCGGCCGCGGCGGCGCAGGCGGCGUGGACAUCGACCAGCUGCUCCUCCGCGGCGGCCACUCGCCGUCCCCGGCUGCCGUGACGACGCCGCCGCCGCCCAAGAUGGAGCUCGGGAUUACAGGCAAUGGCGGCGGCGCGGACGCCGCCGCCGCCGGCGCGGGCAGCUUCGGCGGCCUGCUCUGCGGCGCCGUCGACGAGCAGCCGCCGUUCUGGCCGUGGGCCGACGGCCACCACCACUUCCAUUAAUCCGCCACCGCGUCGCCGCCGCCGAUCACCAUGAUCGAUUUCUUGGCAGAAUUGAGGAAGGAGAAGGUCGCCUACUACACCACCAUGAUGAUGAUGAUGAUGAGUUCUUGAGCCAAAACAAAAGCAAGAUUAAGGGAGUUAAUUACUGUUGUGAUGAUGGAUGAGGUAAUUAAUUAAUUAAUUAAGAACAUUAUGUGAAUGUGAGAGAGAUGAUGAUUCAACAUAAUUUGAGUUAAGAAGAAGGGGAGUUAAUCAAUUAAGCCAUGAUGAGUGAUUGGGGAUUAAUGUUGGAUCAAUCAUCAAUGUAGAUUGAUUUUGGAGUCCAGUAGUAAUUUUGUUUGUUCUUUUGCUUUCUUUCUUUCUUUCUUUUUUAUCAUUUUACCUCCAUUACCUUUUUGAUGUUCAUAUAGGUGAUUAAAUUUGUGAGGCAGUGUGGUUACAUUCAUGUAUAGGAUUAUUAUAUUAUGGCAGUAUCAAGUUUGGUACUUAUAAAUCAAAACUUUUUUUCCUUCAUUC